AACAUUAAAAAAAGUUAUCGUUUUAUUCUUCCCCAUAGCAUAAUCUAAUAACAAAACAAGUUAACAAAUCACCCUAAAUUUCAAACUUUAAUUUCUAUAUAAAUCAAAUCAUAGAAAGAUUCAACAAGUUUAGGGCAAAAUUCGGACCAAUUUCACCCCGAAUUUCAACCCAAAUCACAUAAAUUGCAGCCAUAAAUUAAACCUAAAGAUAAAAAACACAUACCUUAUGAAGAUUGAAGAAGCCGAACAAGAGUACAAGACCACAACAACGAGCAGCGUGUUGGCUUCUGUUCUCGAAGAAGAAGCUGAAGUCGAACAGUUCUGGAACCUACGUUUUUCCCCCUUCUGCAGUUCUGGCUUGUGGCUUCUGUUCUUCUGGUUGAUGUCCCAAAGUAAACGAAUUUGGGUUUUUUUUAUAGGGUGGGCUUUUAAGUUGGGCUAUAUAAUGAUUUGAUUUGGGUUAUAUAAUAUACAUUCUAGUAUUCUACCAAAUAUAAUGAUUUGUGCUAUAAUAUUUGGGCUAAUUAAAUAUUUUAUUUGGGCUAUAUAAAUAAAAAAAUAAAACUGGGGGUCGAAAACGUAUAUACCUACAAAAUCCUAUACGAAACGUACAUAUAUAACAUUACUGACCGAAAAGUUUGGGGGGGUCGGGCGCCCCUCCCCGCCCCUUAAAUCCUGCGCCACUUAUAAUCAAACAGGUUAAGUGUUACUAUUGUUUGUCAUGGCUGCAUUUAACUGUUUUUUUUUUAACCGUAAGAACCCGUUACAAGUAAACUCAUAGGACCCCACGAAUGAUUAUAAAGUAUGGAUUAUUUUUAGUGUUUGUUAUAAUUUUCUAACUAGAAAUCUAACCGUUUACCAACUUUUUCUCACAACCUCAACCUUUCAAAAGAAAAAAAAAACCUCUAUUUCAAAUUCUAACCCAUUAAUCUAAGACACCACCACCACCGCCCCCACCACCACCACCACCAUCCCCUUACCGCGAUAUAUAUAUUUCACCCAUUUAACUAAAAGAAAAAAGAAAAAAAAAGAUGGCCGGUUAUGCCACAAUUUUGUUUCUCUUGUCCAUGGCUACAACCGCUCAUUGCAGCUGGAUCAGCGGUGGUGCACCUCCCCCGGUUAAGGCAGGAGACUAUGUGCCUCUAGGAGAUGACUUAUUGGAUAUCCCACCCCCCCUUAGCGAGCCUGGAUCCAACGACGCAUUGGCGCUUGAGGAGAUAGACUAUGCUGCCUAUGCUGCUGCCGGCGGGUCAGGCGGCGAAGGAAAAGGUUCAACCACGGACAUGCCUGCGGCUAACGGGGAAAAACGUAUCCUCCAAGAAAAAGAAACGAGCAAGGACAUGUUCAUUAUCCAAGGUAAAGUUUAUUGUGACCCAUGCCGGAUCCAAAUCCCGACGAAGAUCAGCUACCCGUUGGCAGGUACAAAAGUUAGCCUGGUGUGCCACAAAGCGGAUACAGAUGAGGAAAGCUAUAGAGUGGAUGGAGAGAGUGACGCGAAAGGAAAGUAUAGGCUGGAAGCGGUUGGUGACCAUGCAGAGGAGAUGUGUGAAAUCGUUGUUAGUGAAAGCCCGGACCCCAACUGUCCGGAACUGAUGGAUGACGAGAACCAUGUUAAGGUUUCUUUGACCAACAAGCAUGGGCUCAAAGGCAAGGGUCGGUAUGCCAACCCGCUCGGGUUCAUGGCCUCAGAUGCCGAUCCACGCUGCAAGGAGGCUCUUGACGAGCUUGGUUUUACCGGCAUUUAGAUUUACAAAUUAAGGUGCUAGUUCAAUCAAUGUAAGAAUCUGUUAUAACAAUGUUUUGUUUGGACAUCUCUAGUUGUUUUUUUCUCUAACGUUAUAAUCAAUAGUUUUUA